CUUGUUCAAAAGUGAUGGUUGUUGGUGGCAGGGAUGCUUUGGCUGGUUUGUUCUAGGGGUGUCCCCUGCGCAAAGCUAACCCCUCUAGGGUGCGAUUUCGCAGUCUUCGGCGCCUGCUAUUGGUCAGCGCGUGAUCAGAUGGUUCUCUUUCCUUAUGUCCCUGGUUGGCACGCGGCCAUCCCCCUUCAGCUAAAACCCAAUCUCCCAUAUACUGCUAAUAGCUAAACCGCUUGGACUAUAAAACGCAACAAAUCAUAAAGACCAAGGGAAAGAACAGCCGCGGUUCCUCUGCUUGUUUGUUUGUUAUUGUUAUUGGUGUUAUUGUUGUUAUUAUUAUUUCCAAUGAGUUCUUAUUUUGUCAACUCUACUUUCCCGGUGAGCCUAGCCGGAGGUCAGGAACCGUUCUUGGGACAACUCCCCUUAUAUUCCACGGGAUAUGCGGACCCUUUAAGGCACUACCCUUCCACUUACGGCACUGGGGGUGGUGGAGUCCAGGAGAAAGGUUACCCGGGCGCGCCUUACUACCAGCAAGCCAACGGAGCUUACAACCGGAGCCCUGCCUGCGAUUACGGGACAUCUGGUUUUUACAGGGAGAAAGAGACCGCCUGCUCUCUUUCCAGCUUAGAGGACCCUGUUCCGUUCGGCCAGGAGCAAGUCCGGAAGUCAGACUGCUCGCAGAGCAAACACGUUUUUGGGGAUAGCGAGGAUCAGAAGUGUUCGACUCCCGUGUACCCCUGGAUGCAAAGGAUGAAUUCUUGCAACAGUUCCUCCUUCGGGCCGAGUGGCAGGCGAGGGCGGCAGACCUACACGCGCUACCAGACCCUGGAGCUGGAGAAGGAGUUCCACUUUAACCGUUACUUGACCAGGCGUCGACGGAUCGAGAUCGCUCACGCGCUUUGCCUGACGGAGCGCCAGAUCAAAAUCUGGUUCCAGAACCGACGGAUGAAGUGGAAAAAAGAGAACAAGCUACUCAACUCCACUCAGCUGAGCGCCGAGGAAGAAGAGGAGAAAACGACGGAAUGAGAGAGAGGAGGGAGAGGGGAGGGGAAGGGAGAAGGAAGGAAGAAAGAAAGCCGGGUGGCAACGGUUUCAGAGGGCUCCAGAGGAAGGGGGGAAGGCACAACCAAGGCACAGGGAGUUUUUUUCCGGUUAAAAUAUCCGAGACUCUUAUGGAGGUGUUAAGCCCACCUUCCCUUUGCAUCCUGUCUGGCAACCAGUCAUCUGCCCUGGCCUCUCCAAGCUUCUAGUCCCUUUUGUUUUUCGGCCCUUUCUAUUGGCCCCCCUCCCCCACCACAAAUGGAUCUCUCUCUGUCUUUUUAACAUUGAGUGUCCUCCUUAGGAAUCUGGCUAACUCUUGUAUUUAAAUGGAAGUGCUGCAAUAUAUGUAUCAGAUUUUGGGGGUGUUGUCUUCAUUUUUGUAAAACGCACACACACACACAAGUCUCAUGCAAGAUUUUACUCCUCUGUUGCUUUUUAUAUAAAAACAGUUAAGUUAAUUAACCCCAAGGUUCUUUGCCAUUGAAGAGAUUUUUUUAAAAAAAUCUACUGGGGGGAGGAAUGGAACUCUUGCUACCGGGGAAAACGUAUGGUGCAAACAUACCAAGAGGGGUGAUUUUUUUUUUGUUACUGUUGUUCGUUUUAUUUUAUUACAUUUUAUUGUACAUGUUGUGUUUGUAGUUUGUGUUAGCUAUGAAGCUAUGAAGAUAAGAAUCCUCUAAUAAAAAAAAAAGCAAACAGACUUCUUGAAAAUAA